GCCCGCCCCUGCAGACCGACGGCCACCCGGCCAGUCCUCCAGCCGCAGGCUGCCUGCUGAUGGCGCUGCACCCGGAGGCCGCUGGAUCAGACGGCGACCGGCGCCAGCAGGAGAAGCAGGUGCCGCGAAUGUCGUGAGAUGGCUGCGCCCCUGCUCCUGGUGCUUUGCAGUUUGAUUUGCUGGGUGUCACUUUACGUCUUCUUCUGUCAGCUAAACUGCCACCGCUGCUAUGAGUGGAGCUGUCGCUUGGUAACCCUCGUACAUGGCGUUCUCAUUGUCUGUCUCUCUGGAUACAUUGGAUUUGUAGAUGGGCCUUGGCCCUUUAAUCAUCCAGGGUCUCCAAACACACAGCUCCAGACUCAAGUGCUGUGCCUGUCUCUGGGCUAUUUUAUAUUUGACAUGUGCUGGUGCAUCUAUUUCCAAACGGAAGGUCUGGUGAUGUUGUCUCACCAUAGCCUCAGUAUCCUGGGCAUCAUCAUGGUGUUAGCUUUGGAGCACUCAGCUACAGAGGAAUGAGAAACACAAAAGGAAAAGUGGCCCAGCUGUGGCUAACAAGCUGAAGAAAGUAUUGGAUCAAAGGAGAAGGUUUAAAAUAUUGCCAAAAAC